AUGCUAGGAGCUCUUUUCAGCACACUCCUGCUCCAACGGCAGCAAUCCGACACCGCCCUCCUCAACUCCCAAAACACAGAUUCGACAGCUCCUACAGACUCAAAUGUGGUUGUCGUAGGCUCUGGCAUCCACUCCCUGAUCUACGCCAUCCAUGCCAAGAAAAUCGAUCUAAGCCAGCCUAAUGGCGGAUCAACAUCGAUCACAGUACUAGAAAAGUCAAAUAGUCCCGGUUAUAAGAUCGGUGAGAGCACAUUAACAGUUUUCGGCUUGUGGUUGAAAACAGUCGGUAUUGAUUCACCGCUGCUAUGGCGCCUUUUCGGCCCAAAGGAUGGUUUGGCUUUCUACUACCUUCCCCAGAGUGGUGAUCCAGAAAAAUAUACGUCGUUCUGCGCGAAUGGCCCGCCGGGUGAUUUUGUACCGACCCUGCAGAUUGAGCGCAAGAUUAGUGAGUUGCUGCUUACGCUAUUUGCUCAGCGGCUUGGUGUGAAGGUGUUGCAUGGGCACGCGGUUGAUAUUGAUGCGACGAGGUUUGAGGAGAAUGAGAGUACGGUUAGGGUUAAAAAUGUUGAGACAAAAAAGGAGUCGGAGAUUCGGACUCAACUAGUUGUGGAUGCCACGGGGAGGUUCCGGCGCUUUGCGUCGAAGGCGUCGAGGGUUAGACGUUUUGAGGGGUGGAACACAGAUGCUUUCUGGGCCUAUUUUGAAUGUCCUGGGGAUGAGUCCAAUAUCCCAUUGAGUAAUUACGAAUCGUGCAAUACCAAUCAUAUAUGUCUCGCAGAAGGAUGGGCUUGGGUUAUCCGACUACCAUCCUGGGAGGGCAGCUCAAUCCCAAAUCUGAUGUCAAUGAUCAACCACCUCCUCGACCUCAACGCCCUCAAUACCCCCGGUGACCAAUUCCCCUCUUGCUACGAACUUGCACGGAAGUUCAACCUCAAAUUCCGCUGGGUCGUUAGUAUUGGCUUCGCGCUACGUAACGACGUCGUAUACCCUAACGACCUAUCUGCCUAUGGCACCCACGAGGCCGAAAGGCGCUUCAACUGGAUUGUCUCCCGCUAUCCAAAAAUGCAAGGCCUUAUGGACCAGCAUGUCCUCAUCCAGGAUCUCUAUGGACCCAACACAACAUGGUUCAUCCGCAAGCAGCUUACCUACCAAUCGCCGAAGGUUUCCGGGAAAGGUUGGGUGGCCAUCGGCGAUGCCGUCGGAUUCACAAACCCACUUUUCUCGCCGGGAAUCAAUGCAAAUAUAGGGACCAGUGUGUUCGCCGCAGAGCUUACGCAGCACUACCUGGCAGACCCGGGAUCUCGCGCGGAGGUACUAAGCAAGUACGACGCCUACUGCGAGAACCGCAUACCCGGGCUGCACCGCAUGAACGUAUUCAACUACGUAUGUAUGCGCUCGCCCGCCCUGGGACCCUUGGGCCCACUAUGGCAGUACCUAGCUGGUACCGGAAACACGAACUGGCAAAAGAUCCGGUCAUACGAGUUCGACAACGUCAGCGAGAUGCUGAUGGGCUGGGACUGGGGCGCACACGAAGCUGAGUACGUCGCUUUCGUGACGCAGGCAAUCGCCUUGCUGGAGGGCCCGCCCACCGAGCCAACGCCGGAGGUGGUGCAGGAGGUGAUGAGGUUAUCCGACGAGGCGGUGACGAAGGCGCUAGCGUCGGGCAGGUAUAGGAAUCGGUGGGCGGGCCUGCUGAGGUGGUAUGACGAUGACCUGCGGUUCUGUGGGGAUAAGGUGUGGAAGGAUGUGCUGUCACGGCGGUGUGGCGGGUGUGGGAACUGGAGGAUUCUGAGGCAGGAUUUGUUGAGGUGUGCGACGUGUGGGCACCUGUCGUCGCCGGAGGAAUCGUGCAAGAUUCUUGUGUAG